CAGUUUCAGUGUUUAACCAGGUGUCUCAGCCAUCCAGCUCUGCAGAUGAGACUUCCCAGCAGCCACUGAGUGACGUUUCUCAGGUUUUCUCUAAUUCCAGCCUAGACAGGGACAGACGCCCACCCUCUAUAACCAGAGACAGACUGACCACAUUCACCAGAGGUGACGUGUCCCCUGAGAGAGAAACCUGGCAGAGGAGCGAUGACGGAGACCAUCAGACCCCGUAGAGAACUCGCAGGGGGGGAAACUGUCGUCCUGCACACCAUCAGCAUCCCGGGCUCGGACAGAGAAAUCAACAGCAGCGAGGGAACCAGGCCGGAGGAGCUGAGUUUUACACGGAGUAUUGCGGAUGCAGAGCCCCCUAUAUCUUAUGAUCUCAACUACAUCGAUAAAACUGAUCAAACAAUGAAGAAAUCCGGUCAGAAACACGCGUUCAAGUUAUCCACUCAGGCGACCAGUCCCACCAGCGAUGAGGACUCCAUUGCGAAGGUGCUGGACUGGUUCAGCCGUAGCGGCGACAGCAGCGAGUUGCUGAGUACAGACGACCGCACAGAGGCCACAAAGAGCUCAGACAAACAUGUAGAAAGCAAAUUAAGAAGUGAAGAUACAACAGAGACAACGAAGGACGCUCUCGAAACGCAGAGAGGUCACUUACAAAGGCAGAUUAAUGAAGGCAAAGAGUUUCGAGCCACAGACAGAGCAGGCAAGACGGAGUUGAGUGAAACACAGGAGGAGGUGCAGAGGGACACCAGGGAAAGAAUGCUGUCAAAGGAAGUGAAGCAUAAUGACGAUGAAAGCCAACCACUAAAAAUCUCUCAUCUGAAGUCAUUCUGGGAAAAAAGCAACAUGGGCCCGAAAAUACUUAUCAGGAAUCCAAUCACGCCAAGCGACGAAGGACAAACACUUGCUUAUCUCUCGCCGGAGAAGGAGGAGGAGAACGUGGACAAACCCCACACGGCGUCCGACACGCCAUCUGCUCCUGGAAUACACAACGGGAGGGGGGUUAAUGAUAAGUACGUCUCGAAGCAUGGGGACAAGAGAGAGCAGAAAGAUGAUGCAGACAAUGUUCACUUGAAUAAUAACCAGCAGGACCAUUCUUUAUCUCAAAGGAAUAAUAAUGACCCAACAUAUAACUCUGAUUAUUUUAAGUUGCUAUCCAGCCCACAAGCAGCUGACAGAGGAGGCUCAGACACUGAGAUUUUAACCCGACUCAGGCCACAGCCAAGGACAGAGUCCAGACUGAGUCCAGAGUCUGAGAGCAUGUCUUCAUUCAAACUAAAUUCACAGCCCGACAGUUUCUUCCAAUCAAGAGAAACCCCUCUGCAGGAAGAGCUGUCGAAACCUGAGUACAAGCAAGGUGGCAAUGAUUAUAUAGCACAACUUCAAAGAGGCUCGAGUGAAGAAGUGAAACGGAGGGAAAGUGAAGAUAAGAACAUCCAGUCGAGCAUGUCUCCAAAGAGAAAAGAGGAUAUGUCCAAUAAAGAGAAAACUAACAGUCCUCAUUCACACAGACAAGGUUCAUCAAAUCAGGAAAGUACAGCAGAGAGGAUCAAGCAGCUCAAAUCUUUCUGGGAGCAGGAGAGGAACAAGCCCAUUUUCUACACCGGCAUGUCUAAAUCUCCUGGGGAGGGUAAAGUUACACGCGGUGCAAAUCAGCUAAAUAAAAGAUUUACAAAGUCCGAGUAUGAUCUGAGGUUAGUUGGGAGUGAUUCAGGCAGCGAUGACGAAGACUCUAAUAGACAGAAUCUGACCUUGCCUUCUUUGAAUCAAAGGAUAGAUAAGUUGUCGCCGAGCCUCAGCGCGAGCCGAUCGCAGUUCAACAAUCUCCGCGAUUUCUGGGGUGAUGCCGCGUCAGAUACGAAAGGAUCGAUAACCGUCGACAAACCCAAAAGCCCCAAAAGGAAAGAGCCAGUGGGAGCCCAGUUUCCAUCUCAGGAGUUUAAGAGCAGCGAGGCCGAGAUUUACCGUUUGUCUGCAGCUGUCGAGAAAACAAGACCGGCUGCCAUGAAGCCAUCUCCGCAGGACCGAUCCAAGUCGCCACAUGAUAGGCAGAUGGGGUCUGGGCCAAGAGCUGUGAUAGACAGCAAAAACAACCCGUCCAAUUAUAAGACAGCUGAGUCCAAAAGAGGCUCCAAGGACUCUGGUCGAGAGGAGAAAUCCUCGAAACCACAAAGCAGCACAGGAAAAGAGCCUCGGCCUCCAAAGAGCAGACAAGACACCUUUGGCAAGUCCAGCAGUCGUGGAAGUUCAAUGCGUCGCGCCACCAGCAUGUUCACGCUGAGCGCUCCUGACCAAAAAGAUCACGUCCAGAAGAAAAUGGAUGUAAGCCCCGUCCACUCCCAGAGCAGGAAGCAAAGGCAGAACACUGAAAAAGGGGCCAUGCCAUUGAGACUGUCGGAUGGACUCGACACUAUGACUCCACGUGCACGGGCGUUUGUUCCCAGAGACUACCGGCACUACCUGGGCAUGACGGACAAGAACAGCGUCCACACCUCGCUCGCCCCGGCUGUGAAGAGCGAGGGCUCAGAGGGAAAAUCCGGGUAUGACUUUGACCUGAGUGGUCCAAUGAGAGCCAGCACCCCGGUGAGUUCAGAGGAGCGCUACGGCAGGAAGGGCAGCAAGACGAGUCAGCGCCCCCCGUGGGCCAACUACAGCAGCUCGGAUACUGGCCCAGAAUCGUCUAUGAGCAGCACGUCAGAAACCUGGUCCAGGAACAGUUCAAACCGGGAAAAUGACGAUGAAACCCAAGACCCUGUCAGGAGAGCGUUGAGGCGAGCAGAAGCACGGCCGAAGAAUCUGGCUAAAAGUAUAGAGGACAUGACGACGUGUUCAUCUCAACGGCAAGAUUCGACUGCUGACCUCAGACGCAUCAGUGAUGCUUCAACCAUCCCGUCAGCCUCCUCGUCCUUAUACGCGGAUCCCGACCACCUGAAGAAGAUGAGCAAAUCGGUUCCUUCGUUCUUACAGAAGGAGGACGCUGACAGGGACGCUGACUCCACCUGUGAGGACAGCUACCAGCGAGGAAGACUAAUGAAGGGCAGCUCGAUGACUAACCUCACUGGCUCCUCUGGCAUGACGUCUAUGUCGCCUCUGAGUGGCAGCGUUAUGACCAUGUACAACGCAGACUUCGGGAAUGUGGAGGUUCAGGGAAAUAUCCAGUUUUCCAUCAACUACGUUCAGAAGCUCCGAGAGUUUCACAUCUUCGUGGCCGAGUGCCGAGACCUGGCUGCCGUCGACCCGAAGAGGGGGCGCUCGGAUCCGUACGUCAAAAGCUACCUGGUCCCUGACAAAUCAAAUCUGGGAAAGAGGAAAACAUCUGUGAAAAAGAAGACGUUAAAUCCGACGUUCAACGAGAUCCUCCGAUAUCGGGUUCGCAUGGAGUACCUCAGGACUCAGACGCUCAUUCUCUCCGUUUGGCAUAACGACACGUUUGGCAGAAACAGCUUCCUCGGCGAGGUCGACAUCGAACUCUCCAAUUGGGACUUUGACCACACCCAGAUGAACGACUCAGUCCUGAAACCCAGGACUACACCCACUCUACCACCAGCAAAUGGGAAAGGAGAGAUGAGACUAGCCAUACGGUUCCUGCCACAGGUCACCCACAGUGAAGGCGUAAAUAAAGACGGUCCCAACACUGGAGAGGUUCACAUUUGGGUGAAAGAAUGCAAGAACCUGCCUCUGAUCAGGGCGACCAUUGACCCAUACGUUAAGUGCUUCAUGCUGCCAGACACGAGCAGGAAGAGUCGCCAGAAGACGCGCGUGCUGCGGAGGACCGCAGAUCCGGUGUUUAACCACACGAUGGUGUACGACGGCAUCAGUGAGACCGACCUAUCAGAUGCCUGCGUGGAGCUCACCGUGUGGGACCGGGACAGGCUGGCAAGCCACCUGCUCGGGGGAAUGAGGCUCGGAGUCGGCUCAGGGAAAAGUUAUGGGGCAGCGGUGGAUUGGAUGGACUCAACCCCCUAUGAGGCGGCCCUGUGGGAGCGCAUGAUGGCGUCCCCUGAUGAGUGGGUGGAGGAUAUACUCCCGCUGCGAAUGGUGAACUCUGCAAAGGCGGCUUUCAAACACUGAUUUGAAUGCAGCAAGAAAAAUCUGAUGAAAUAAUGACUGGAGUGACAAUUUGGGAAUCAACCACGUGGCUAUAAUGUAACCUGUGGUGCCACCAACAGCCCUGCGGUUCCAAAUGCUUUCAUAUCUUUGUUCAUGCUCGAGUUGUUCCAGGAAAACACAUAUUGGUACAUGUUGUGACCUUUUUAAAUGUUUUGGAGCAUGAAUGUCACUGGUCAUAAAAACAACCUGGAGGGGUAAUGUAAUGGAGAAAACAAAUAUUGAUAAUGCCGCAAUAAAACCCAUUAAAACGUUUAAUAACUGACUUAUGUCUAACAAAGGUGACCAAUUACCACAAACAAAUAUCUUUAAAGCCAAUUUUAGGACUCUGAGUGGUCGCAGUUUGCUUUCUGGUAGAUAAGAAAUAUAAAGUAAGUUAAGAAAUGUGAUGGCAAACAAUCAAAAAACAGUAUUUAUUGAGACUUCUCAAGGAAAAACCCUCAAAUUCCACAUUAAUGAGGAUUACAAAUAUUCAGCUCAUUUCAGUUCAGUUUUCCUACAUUUAAAUCCAAUCAGUCUUUACAUUUCAGUACUCAGUAUUUAUUUUCUCAAAUAUUUCUUAUUGUUUUAAUCCCAGCUCUGUGUAAUAUCGGUCUAUUAAGCUGUAAAUCUCCUUAAUUGUCAUAUGUCCUUUGUUAAUUAAUACCAAACCACUGGGUCAUGUCUUUUUGCUGCACUGGACCUUUAAGAAACAAACCCUCAGAGUGAAUGGUUUAUCUGUCACCACUCACAGCAUCUGCUCACUGAAAAGUCUUCAUCUUCUUAUUUCUCACACUAACACGUAUUGUGACAGUAUUGUUCUAAAUGUAAUUUGAAUUUGACAGCAUAUCUGACACGUGAUGAGUUAUUGCACUUAAAUGUAUGAACCAUUAAAGAAAAUUCAAUACAGGACAACUUUCACAAAGUCUUUUAUACUGAUCUGCAAAUUCUGAUGAGCUCAAAUAUUUUGAAAUAAUCAAUCAUAU